CCAGCCAGGCAGUGCCGGGCAUCUCUGUUUCUGCUCCAUGGCUGGCCUGAUCCUCUGACUUCCCCUGCCUUCUGUUGCUGCCAUGGGUUCCAGGAAGCGGAGCUUCACCUUUGGGGCCUAUGGAGGGGUGGACAAGACAACCGUCUAUCACCGGAGCCUGCGCAAACACAGUGAUGGGCCGGCCGGCAUCUCCUUCAGCGGCCCCUUAGAACUGCCUCCUGUGGGCGCCAACCCCCCUCACGCUGCUCUCCACCACCCCAAGAACACAGAGCUGUUUGAAAUGAUUGAGAAGAUGCAGGGCAGCAGGAUGGAUGAACAGAGAUGCUCCUUCCCUCCUCCGCUGAAGACUGAAGAGGACUACAUCCCCUAUCCCAGCGUCCAUGAGGUUCUGGGCCGAGAGGGCCCCUUCCCCCUCAUCUUGCUGCCCCAGUUUGGGGGCUACUGGAUCGAAGGGACCAACCACGAGCUGUCGAGCAUCCCUGAGACAGAGCUUCUCCAGUCCCCGACCUGCAAGGUGAAGUUGGAGAGCAACCACACAGCCCGGCUGUAUCGGAAGCACUUUCUGGGCAAGGAGCACUUUAACUACUACUCUGUGGACGCGGCGUUGGGGCACCUCGUCUUCUCCCUCAAGUACGACGUGAUCGGAGAUCAGGAGCAUCUGCGCUUGCUCCUGCGGACGAAAUGUCGGACUUACCACGACGUCAUCCCCAUCUCCUGCCUGACCGAAUUCCCCAAUGUUGUCCAGAUGGCAAAGUUGGUGUGCGAGGAUGUCAAUGUUGAUCGCUUUUACCCCGUGCUGUACCCAAAGGCCUCUCGACUCAUCGUGACCUUUGAUGAACACGUCAUCAGCAAUAACUUCAAGUUCGGUGUCAUCUACCAGAAGCUGGGCCAGACUUCAGAAGAGGAGCUCUUCAGCACCACGGAGGAGAGCCCAGCAUUCGUGGAAUUCCUUGAAUUCUUGGGCCAGAAAGUCAAGUUGCAGGACUUCAAGGGGUUUCGAGGUGGCCUCGAUGUGACCCACGGGCAGACGGGGACAGAGUCGGUCUACUACAACUUCCGAAACAAGGAGAUCAUGUUCCACGUCUCCACCAAGCUGCCCUACACGGAGGGGGAUGCCCAGCAGCUGCAGAGGAAACGGCACAUCGGGAACGACAUCGUGGCCAUCAUCUUCCAGGACGAGAACACGCCCUUCGUCCCGGACAUGAUCGCCUCCAACUUCCUGCACGCCUACAUUGUAGUGCAGGCCGAGAAUCCCUGUAUGGAGAACACUCUCUACAAGGUCUCUGUCACUGCCCGGGACGAUGUGCCUUUCUUCGGACCCCCGUUGCCCAACCCGGCUGUUUUCCGAAAGGGCCCCGACUUCCAAGAAUUCCUCCUGACGAAGCUGAUCAACGCCGAGUACGCCUGCUACAAGGCGGAGAAGUUUGCCAAACUGGAGGAGCGCACGCGGACAGCUCUGUUGGAGACCCUCUACGAGGAGCUGCACUUGAACAGCCAGUCCAUGAUGGGCCUCGGGGGAGAUGAGGACAAGAUGGAGAACGGCAGCGGGACCAGCGGGGGCUUCUUUGAGUCCUUCAAGAGGGUGAUCCGCAGCCGCAGCCAGUCGAUGGAUGCCAUGGGGCUCAGUGGCAAGAGGCAGAACACUGUCUCCACCAGCCACAGCGGGAGUUUUGGCCACAACAACCCUGACAUCGCCAAAGCCGCAGGCAUAUCAUUGCUUGUCCCCGGAAAAACGCCAACUAGGUACGGACGACGAGGCAGUGCCAUAGGCAUAGGAACCAUAGAAGAGUCCCUGAUAGUCCCUGGAAAGAGCCCGACACGGAAGAAAUCGGGGCCCUUCAGCUCCCGGCGGAGCAGCGCCAUCGGGAUUGAGAACAUCCAGGAGGUGCAGGAGAAAAGGGAAAGCCCCACUGGGACCCAGAAGACUCCGGACAGCGGCCAUGUAUCUCAGGAACCCAAGUCUGAGAACUCAUCCAAUCAGAGCUCACCAGAGAUGCCCACCACCAAGAACAGACCAGAUCCUGUAGCCCCCAAACCAGACAUCCUGCGCGAUUUCUCACGUUCCUCCUCCAGCGCUAGCAGCUUUGGCAGCGUGGCAGAAGAGCACGAGGGGGGCCGCGACGAAGACACCGGCAUGGAGAGCCAGUCCUCAUCAGGCACCCCCCACAAGCGGGACUCCUUCAUCUACAGUACCUGGCUGGACGACAGCCUCAGCAACACCAGCGAGGGCAGCUCACCAGGCCCUUCUCGUUCUCCGCAGCCAGACCCCAGGAAAUCUACGGACCCCUCUUGUCCAGAAAUAAAAAUCCAGCUGGAACAGUCCGAGCGGCAACCGCCCCACCUGAGCUGCUAGCCCUCCCUGCCCAGCCUCCAUGGAUGCCUCUCCCCACAAGCACACGGCGAAGAAGUACAAGCUGAAGGAAUUACGGAAGGCCGCCAUCUUCGUCACAGCACAAGACUACUGCCCAGCCGGCAAAGUUGACCUGCCCAAGCCGCCGUCUUAAGCAAGCAGCAGCCUCCCCCUCCUGUCUCUUUUGGCAGGGCAGCAAGGCAUGCUGGGACUGGCCAGGCCUUGAGAAGAGGCUCUCAAGGUCCCUGCCUAAUCCCCGUCCCCUCCAUGAGCUGUGCUCGACACCCCCUUGUCCCCCACCCCAUUAUAAGCUCUGGCCCUCCAUGGACGAUGUCUUGCAGCCAGCAAUGAUGGCUGCCAGGCCCAAAUGUGAAGCCAAACUGAGGACGUGGUGCUCUUUGAAUCAAAACAUGGACAAUCACCCACCCACACACCCAGAUCCCCCCGGCCCUUUUCUGCGGCGGAGGUGUCUCUUUUGCUUGUCUCUAGAAGCAAGGGCCAACAGGGUGGCUCUGCGGCUCUCGCUUCGCCAUCAAACUACCUUGGGAGAGGGAAACCAGCGCAGAAAACGAACCAAGAGCUUGGCAGUCUGGGUGCUUCGAGGGCACGUAAGGGAAACCUUGGGAAGAACUUUCCAACGGGGAGCGCCAUUUGACAGUGGAGCAGACUCCCUCGGAAGGCGUCGGGUGGUUUAGCUGGGAUUCCUGCAUUGCCGGGGGUUGGACUAGAUGAGCCCUGGGGGUACCGUCCAGCUCUGCAGUUCUUCGAUUCUAUGACUUCCGCUCACUGCCGUGCCAAUUCUCCAGCAUUUUGGCGCACCGGGGGAGCGGAACCGGAGACCCUGUUCCGGAAGCGCUGUGGCCACGGAGUCUAAGCCGUUUUGUGGCUCACUAGAGGCUGGGACAGAUCAACCACAACUCUCUCCCUUUGUAAAACAGCCAUGCUCCCCGUUCGUCCUUCUGUGUAUAUAUCCUGCCAUCAGCUGCUCUCCAUCAGAAGUGGCACUGUGAAUCACACAUACACCCUACCCCUAAGCCUUGCUGCUGUGCUCAUCCACACAGUCCGAAAUCCUUUCUUUCCCAGUGGCACAUCUGGCAAUAAUGGGAGCCAGGGCAGAAUCAGAGGCGGCGUCUGGGUAACUUCGCAUAACGGUUCCCAAAUAUACAAACCCCCAUAACGGGGUGGAUUGGCAGGGUUUGGGGGAAACCCUCAUCCUCCCAGGCAACAGUGUGACUCUCUCUCUUUCUUUUACUCGAAGUUUAUCCCAAAGAAUAAUUGACAAUUGACUCAUUUAUUUUUUGUUGCCGCGGGACAGCCAGCAUCCGAGGCACUUAGAACAGCAGCCAGUGAACUGCUUCCGUCCCAUUUAUCUCUCUUUUUGGUGGGGGGGGAGCCGCCCGUUCCACAACAACACCCUCCUCCUCCUUGCAUGCUGUGUGUCCUCUCUUCAUCAAGAAAAACCAGAUAGAGCCAGACAGAGGCUGCCCUGAACAAAGGGGGAAAGUCGGGAUACGGGAUAGGGGUUGCCUCGCCAUAUUCCCGAACGGGAGUUUAUUGCUCGUGGCAGGACCCCCCCCCCAGCUGCCUUUGGAUUGCUCCCUCCAAACUACGGCCGGCCUGCAUCCAUGCUGUACAGUUUUUCGGGGUGGGGGGGUGGGGAUGCAUUGUGACUUUGCAACCCCCUUUCCUGGCUCUCUUCUCCUGAACUUGCCAAUGUGCAGGACCAAGGAAGAACAUGUGCCCAGAUCCCACAGUACUCAAUUUCAACCUGCCUUCUUGUGACUAGAUAAAUCCUGUGAACGUCUGGGCCCAUUUGCCAUCUGUGUCACGUGUGUGUGUCCUGCCGUCCUCUGUUUUCGUUACUUUAUUUUUAAAAGAUGCACAAAAAUCCAUGAAUUAAUGUUCAGGAACUAAGGUUUCCCCCCCCCCCUCUCUCUUAAUUUUUAAGCUCCAAGGUUGUGUUGGUGUUUCCAGUGACCUAUGUAUAAAAAAGACAAAAAUGAAAAAUCUAUUUAUCGCUAUUGUAAGAAGACUCUAUUUGUAAAAUGCUUUUUAAGAUAUACAGGCUGUAAAAUAAAAUGAGAAAUCCGUGCAUUUCAAUC